GAUUUUUGACACGGCCGACCGUUCGAACGACUUGCAUUUGGUCUCGGAGCAUUCUAUCGAACGUUGUCCUACGCCGUUGUGCUGCGAGCGCGCGAAAAAUCGACGCGUCCGAAGAUGCGUCACGUGCAUCGUCGUACCUGAUCAAUCUAUCUUCGUUUUCGCCCGUCCGAUCACGCGAGUCCUGUGAUAUCGCCGAUUUAUCGAGGAAUCGAGCAGUGCCUGCGCUGUCGCGACUUUCGUUCGAAAGUCACCAUUAUUACGCCGCGGAUCCGAGGGAAUCUCGACCGAAAACGAAGUGUUCCCGUCCCGGCAGCACGUUCCGAAACAUCGUUCGACUCGUCCGUUAUACCCGUAUCCGGCUCGCCAAAGUUUCUCCGCUUAAUCCGUUAUCGGAGAAAGUAUUACGGUUUGCCGGGACAAAUUGUGUUGUGGUGACUUGAAAUGAGACAUAGGAUUAUUAGACGCGACUGAGUAGUAGCAAGAAUGACACGGACGUUUUCGUUCGGCCUGGUAGUGGCGUUGCUGCUGAUACUCGCUGUUACCGAAGCCUCUCGUGGACGGACUAAUCAGACGGACGGGCAGAAAGCACAGAGUCGCGGUAGCACGCGAUUUUACUCACAGCCGACGACAGAAUCAGAUAAUAACUUCGCAUCGUCGAUCGAGGCGUCGAGGUCACUUCGGGACAAAAGUUCCCGUUCGGAAACGGUGCCCGAGUUAAAGAAACACGAGUCGCAUGUCGCAAGAGAAAGUUCGAUCGGAUCACGAUCGAAGCUGAAACUGUCAAAAACGACUGGUGGCCCUGUUGACGUAACGUUGCGGACGAAUGCGAAACAUUCGAGCUCCGAUGUCGGUAAUCAAAGAAAUUCACGCACGAAAUCGCACACCGCGCAGUUUCCCAAGGGAGAAAUAGCAAAAGGUAGGCAAGAUGGCAACGAAGAGAGCGCGUUACAAAUACCGAAACGACAGACAGCCUCGCGAAGAUCGUCUUCGGAGGCAUCUCCUCCUGUUCUGGAGAACAGCAGACAACUGGACCUCGAGGUGCUGACAAAAUCGCCCAACCGUCCGAGAUCACGAACAGGGAGGAAGAUUUACACGAAUUACAACGAGAAGGAACUGAGCAGCCAAGCAGCACGGUCCAGGAAAUUCCCCGUUAAGACCUCCGAGAACGUUAAGACGCCGAUUAGUGGAUCGGAAAAAGAGGAAGCGAAGUCGCAACCGGAACACUGGAAGAAAUUGGCAGAAACCGCCGACAUCACAGAGAACAUCACCGUCAAAGGGAGCAUCCAUCAGGCCUCGAGGAGGAUGGACACGACGAGCGCGAACAAUUCCAGCGAUCGGAAUAAUAACAAUGAAAAGGAACGAGACCUUCCGCUGUCGGGCUCCGAGAGCGUCAGGGUGGACAUUCCUCUGACGGAGGUGCGGAAUGACGCAAGCGCUGUUUCUAAUCCUUCAGCAUCCGCCGCGACCUCAUCCGUCAACGUGUCUUCAAGACAAGCCGCGAGACCGCUGAAGGAGAGGGCGGAGAGCAACGAUAUCACGAGAUCAAGCGCGAAGAAGAGCAGGCAGUCCGACAGGUCCAAGUCUCGCGACAGAUCCAAGUCCGCGAAAAGUCGAAGUCAGGUCGAAGCGACGAAUUCCGGGAGCGCUUCCCGCAAACGAGGUUCAUCCGCGGCGGAGACGAACGGACGAUCUUCCAACAGCAGAGGCAGGUCUAAUGUGAAGAACAGCAACAGCUCCAGGGGCCGUCCCGCGCCGAAGUCCAGAGACACCGCGACGGAAGCGAGAAGUAGCGGAGGAGCUAGAGGCAGAAACGUAGACAUCGAUCUCGGGACGAGUGCGAACGCAAAGACGGAGACGCGACGCAGCUCGUCGAACGACAGACGCGCACCCGAGACGAAACGCAGAUCCGGCGACAGCAGGUCGACAAAGUUGACGGAAUCGAGAACGGAGGAGCGAGAUGCAGUUCGGGCGCAGUCCAGAGCUCGGUCACGCGCUGUCAGCGGCCAAGACAUUACCACCGCGUACGCUUUCGUUCCGAAAGCGACGAUCGCUGAGACUACGACCGCUUCUUCUUUUGCUCCGAGCGCAGAAGUUACGACAUCCAAUUCCGCCUCUUCGAUGAGCAGAACACCAGCGGCCGCCCGUACAUCCACGACCGAUCGAACCGCUCGCAACAAGGGAAGGGACAGGGGAGAAAGUAUGCGUUCGAAGAAGCCUCCGAAGGAGGACUUCUUUAAUCACGGCCUAGGCUUUCGUGGUCGAAAGAGCUCGACUGAGGGGCUCGGCUCGAAUGUCCCGGAUUUGAAAAGCACUACGCCGAAAAGCGAGACGCAAUUACGUGGCAAUCCUGGUUGGACUCUUAGACGGCGACCUAGUCACGUCAAUCACGAUGUUCCGUCGACUACCUCUGCACCGAUUAAUCGGGAUCAGACCAAUGAAGUCAUCUCGCCCAAUGAUUCGCCGAGAGGCACACCAGAAGCGCCGUUAAGCAAUGCGAAAGCCGGCAGAAGAGGCACCAAAAGGCCAAAAGCGAAGGAUGAGACUAACACCGCUUCGGGCGUCGCGGCGAAGAGCGUGACCAGGGGUAGCAAAACAUUCGACAAGUCGAAAAAUUUCGACUUACCCAAGAGAGUAGAGCAGGAGGAGAGCGACAAUUAUCCUCCCGCGUUUCGGGCAAGGCUGUCUCAAUUGAAGAAUUCAAACUCGAAACCUACCGGGGCGAAGGGCCUAACUAGAACCAGUUCCCAGGAACAUCCGAGGGUUACGAUCCGUCGGCAUAUACGAUCCAGCACGAAACCGCAUGUAUCCGAAAAUAUCGAAACUGUGGAAAAUACGUUCGCGACAGAUGUAUUGUUAGACGUCGUUCCUACGAAUCCCUUAACUUCGGUAUCUGACCCACACACGCGACACGCUACAAAACCAAGCUCAGCUCUAUUCUCCGAAAGGUCUAAGCUAAAACUGGAUUUAGCUAGGAGAUUAAUUAAACCCGAAUUGAACGUCGACGAGAAUGAUUUCGACGUAACGACGACUCCCUAUUCCGGUAAAUCCAAAAUGAAAGAUCCCUCGACGGUCAGCGAGAGCAGGACUAUAGAGAAAACGACAAGAACGACCAAAGCCAACGGCUCUCGUAUUGCACACGGAAGUCUGAUAAGCGAAAGUGCAAAGAAAGAAAAGUCGGGCUUGAGAGGCAGAUGGAAAAUGGUGGGGACUCCUAGAAAACUCUCGAAGAACCCGAAUCCCGACGCUUCGUCAAGACCUCCCGUGACCAAGAAGGGCCGAGUGAUCCCCAAAGGAGCAGUCGCGCUUUCCCUCUUCGAGAGAACCUCCGCGAAGAGCAUUGUCGAGCUCAACGCCAUUCCGCGCGAAAUCGCGACUUCGCAUCGUGGCACCACCCCCGUGGAAGAAACGGCCGCCACUAUUAUCGACACGACCAAAAUCCGAUCUCCCAUAUCGCAAAGCACCACGGUGUCGCGUGAUGAAAUGUCAACGAUGGCCAUUAACGCGAUGGAUGUUAUAGACGAGAACAUCAUCGUCACGACCGAACUUGUCGAGCCGAUGAAACUGGACAAGACACUGAUUGAAAAACCGGCGAAACCCGACCAAAAGGAAACAACCACCAUCUCGAGCGUUACGUCGACCACGGAGGUCGACACUUCCACGGAGUCCGGGUUCCUCACCACAGAAUUCGCUCAAGAGAUCACGCUGUCGCCAACCGUUACUAUGUCGAGCGAUUCGCACCUGUCAACCACAAUCACGACGACGCCGACAACGGCGACACCGAGGGAGUUGUACCCCGUUUACGUCCCUAACUCGAAGAAAAACGACAGCUCGCAGGAGACGACGAGUGACACGACGAAGAAUAGCUUCCGGCCCCGUUACACGAAGCAGCAGCCGGACAAGGUGGCCAUCUCGAUGGUGACGUCGAGGACCGUCGGGCCCACCAGCAGAUACAUCAGGAAAAAGUCAGGUGUCUUCAAGCCGUUCGACGCCGUCCCCAAGGCAGCCAGUACAGAAGCAACGGUGACGCAGACGAAGCGACGUGAAUUUCGUCCGCGCACGGCGACCUACAGGAGGCACUCGGAAGCGCCGACCAGCUCCUUGUCCCAGCCGAUGGUGACCAAGGACCAAGGAACAGCCGUCGCCAACGGCGUCACCAUCACGCCGAAACCGAUCAAGUUUCACGCCAGCGUCAAGUCAUCCACCCCGAAUAUUCGCUCAGUGCCCACCGAACCGUUCGUGAGCGUGAGGAUCGACACACCCAGCGAGAGCGCACCAAGUCUGGCCGGCAUCACCGACAGCAGCAACGGCGUCAGCGGCUCCAACAUCUUCAACCCUACCAGGAGCGCGUUCCUCGCCGGGAACACGACCACGCUGUUAGAGCAGCUACGAAGCACCGUGGCACCGCUCUUGAAUACCCUGGGCAACAAGACCCCCGUCUUCUCUGGCGCUUACUCCAACGUGGACUCCAACGGGAAUCCUGCGCCCAGGAUAACGCCGAACGGUGCCCCGCCGAGAUUCAGCGCGAGGUACAAAGGAGCAGAGUUGCUCGUGAGAAAACCGAACAUUGGUCAAGCUGUAGUACCAUCGAUCACCACGUCGUCGACCACGGCCUCGACGCCAAUAGAGAAUUCCAGUUCAGCGUCGCCGGUCCUCGUCGUCAACCCUGGCGAGCCGAGAUUCGUCACUUUUUAUCAGGCAUUAGAGUCGGCUAGCAUAAAAAACGAGAAUUUGAGUGCAGACGACGGUUCUCAGCAGCAAAGACUAAUGGGCGGGUUAACGAAGGUAGACUCUAACGCUACUGUACCUAACGGCGCCGAUAAUGACACUGCUAACAAUGACACCGCAAGCCCCACAACUACCACCACCACCACCACCACCACCACCAUUACCACCACCGCAUCAAUCGCAACUACACCCUCCUCAGAAUCUACUGUAGACAUUACCACCACUACCACCCAGUCGGCAGACGUUUCGCUCGAUUCGAGAUUAAAUACGGAGAAUACCCCGGAGGUUACCUCGGAGUCAUCUUCGACGACGAUCCCGACCUCCGUAAAUCCGGACUCGAGCGAGAUUACAACCCCACCGUCGACAUCGUCGAACGUUAACACCGACCAAACCACCCCGGUCCCCACUUCGGAAUCGAUCGGAAUUACUACCCCCGAUAACGCUAUAACGAAUAUCCCGAGCACUCCGGAACCGAUCACCAGCACCGACGCGUCGACCAGCAACGAUGCAACUGCGGAAACGUUACCUACCACGGAAUCCAGCGACAAUAACGACAAUAACGCUAGACUCGUCGAGCCGGUGACGAGCACCGAGGUCACGCAAGCAGAAAAUACGAAUGCACUACUCAUCAGCACGACCACUGAGACAACUCCACAAACGUUAGACCCAAUCACCCCAACCACCGAAAACGUCAGUGGGAUCACGCAGGUACCAUCGGAAACAACGACUUUAGCUUCGUUGGCCGAUGUAUCAGAGAGUAUCGAGACGAAUACCAUACAACAAUCUGAGGAAACGACCCCUCGACCGAUCAACGACGCGACCGAGGGUACAACCGCGAGGACUGUGCAACAGCCGGAUAUAACGACCGAGAUUGCACUUAACAACGAGAUUGACGAUAUAGAAACGAACACCAUACAACAGUCUGGCCGUUUGAUGGAGCAAACGACUAUGCCUAGCAAUGCCGAGAUCGAAGAUAUAGAAACGAAUAUCAUACAGCAGUCCGAUGUGACGACGCUCCAGACGAUAGAAGUCACAAGCACCAGCGAGCAAACCAGCACAGAGGAGAUCUCUAACGACGUGAUCGAAAACCAGACUACGCAGACACCCGUCCUCACGACUACGUUUCGAUCCCGAUUGAUCGAUUUCGCGCAAGACAUUUUGUCGCAUUUGCAAGGCAAUGUCUCCUCAACUGCUACACUCAGCACCGCUACCAGUCCGGAGUCAUCACCAUCGACAGAAAGUUCGACGCAAUCGGGACAAGUAAGCACUAUGCCGACGGAAGCUACGCAGAGUUCAACGAUGAACGUCGAGAUGACGACGACGUCGUCAUUACCGGAUGCGGAAAUAACGACCGUUCAAAAUACUGACACAGUCGAUGCGGAUUCAAUUCAGACGACUACCGACGCAACGAAUGGACCGCGAGAAACGAUCACCCAAGACACAGUAGGUUCGGAUACCACGUCCUCGAGCGACGAGAGAGAAAAUGAGUCGUUAGAGUCGACUACGACUAUGCAGGACACGCUUAGUCCGGAGAAUUCAUCGGGAGAGACGACGGACGCGGAAGUCGCGAUUGUCACGUCGAUGCCUACCUCGCGAGAUUUCGCUGCGGAGAGCGAAAAUCCUCGGUCGUCUAAUGACACGUUGCUCACCGAACUAAUGACCAUCGCGAAGACCCUUUUCUCGGAAGCGAUGAAUGAAACGCGAAACGUACCGAACCAGAUUGUCCCCGACGUCGAGGCGAUCCAAGCGAAUAGCACGGUAGAGAAUGACGAAGGAUCUAUUUCAGGAAGGGAAAGAUUUACAGUUUCAAGCGAUUGUAUUGACACACCACAGACGACUACUGCACCCUCACAGUCAGUUGACGUGAAUUCCCCACUAAUUACUAAUCCGAUUCAAGCGUCUAAUAACACCGGACAAGAGCCUACGGUCAGCAACCCCGCGCAACAAGAUCAGCCCACGACUAUCCCGGGCAGCAACGUCGAAUCGUCGAGUCCCACUACUAACAACCCUCUCGCGACCGACUCUGUCACCACAAACACAGAACAAACGCUCGUUGAUAUGAGCGAGCCCACGACAACGAGCACGUUGAAUUCGGAAUUAACAGAAUUAACUACUAACGUAGCAGAAAUAAGCGCCACGCAAACGGGCGCAAUAGAUACCACUAAUCAGACCCCAGAGACCACCACGAUAGAACUUGCGUCCGACUUGCAGGUUACUAGUGAUCAGACCUCUGUAGCAAAUGCAUCAGUUACCACCACGACAAUAGUACCCGAUUAUAACGCGACCAACACGACCGACACAAACGAUAUGCAGACAUUUAGUACAGAGCCUUCCACGGAAAUAGCUCGUAAUUUAGACUCUAGCGACACCACCACUAAUCAGUCCAACGACGUAACAACAAACGUUCCCACUCAAAUGCUAACCGAUCUCGUGAGUGAGAAUCCAAAUUUGAUUGCCCAUUUCCAGGAUACGACGGCAACAACAACCGCCCAAGGGACGGCAGGUUCAGGAACCAUCCAACCCGAGCCAACGACCGAAACUACCAUUCCCACUGUCACAACACCUUCAACCGCACCGACGUCGACCGAUCUCCCCAUGCUUCCUGAAUCCUCUACCAUUGCUAUCACAAGCACAUCGGUUGAACCGACGGUAAUGACGACAACGACGACAGAACCGACAACCACAACUGCGACCAUGACUACGACCGCGACAUCGACGUCGACAGCGACUAUUGAGACAACGUCUGAGCCAAUGUCCGAAACAACCACUUCAAGUAUGAACAUAAAUGACGACAACAUCCUCUCUACCGAAACAUCGGGCGACAUCUUGACCACGCAAGGCACGACGGUUGUUCCCAACGAGCCAGAGGAUUCGAACAUGAUAUCGAGAAUGGACGUUGGCCAAGAACAAGCGACAACAAUGUUGACUACGUCUACGACGACAACACCGUCAACGACGGCGACGACACCGUCGACGAUGACGACGACAACGACGACAGCGACCACGAGCACUGCACCAUUAGCCACCAGUGCGCCGACCACAUCAACGACGUUCUUCAACACGCAUACCGUGAACAUUGGUCAAGGAGCGAUACGAACUGGUCCGACGUUCGCACCUGUCGGUCCCUUCAACACGAUCCCUUAUUUGGGACGUUUCGGCGGUAAUCCCAUGACACCGGCAACGAGGCUCACCCCCUUGUCCUCAUCCUCCAGUAAGGCGCCGGUUCGCGACUAUUUGAUUUACGGUAUCUAUCCCAACAAGACCAUCGUCCGGAAGCGGCCGGAGGACAAUCUGAUAGACGCCAGGAACGUCAACAGCCCGUACGUGAUAUUCGGCAUCUAUCCGGAUGGCAGAUUAGUCCGAAAGUUCCCCAACGGGACUCUAAUACCGGACUCGCCCAGGAAUCCAGUCGAGGUUGUGUUCACGCUUAGCACUACUACUACUACUACUAACCGACCAGCACCCAGGCCAUUUUAUAACCAGGCUAAUAACCAGUACCAAGCCCCGGUGUACUAUAAUAAUCGUAGACCCGUGGAUGAGCUGACGAGAUUCGCCCAGAGCCCUGGCCCCAUUGAUAAUGGACUUACUGCUAACGCAAUUGGCGUACCCCUAGGGCCCUUCGGAGGUGGGCCCUAUUUCACGGGACCACUCGGUACCCCUGCUAGCAUCCCGGGCGCAAGUAAAAUGAGCGACAUAUUAUUAAACACACGAAUGGGUACACUACCAAACGCAGCGUCGACGAUCGGUAAUCUGCAAAUACCAAUUACAAAUAGCGUUCAGACGCAAGAUCCAAUCGGCCCUAUUGUUCAAGACUACGACAGGAGUGAAGCUUCUCGGUCAAGAAUAACAUCGGAUCAACGUUCCUCCGUAUAUAUCGGACAGGAUAAAUUCAUUAAUUAUCAGAUUAACGGAGCACCUAUUGUCAAUCCGAAAGUCGUUGAUGUGAAGAUAAAUUCAGUGGCUACAUCUAUAAACGAAGGCUCAGCGUCUACCUUAGCAUCGGUUCCGUCCUUUGAAAAUUUGUUGAACAAUCAACAGCCGAAUGGCAUAAUAACAGCAUCUCCUGGUUUCCCUUGGAACGAUCCUCUCGAUCAGAUAUUCGGUAUUACCACCAAUUCACCCAUACAAACAGCAUCCGUAGCAUCGAAUCAAUUGGGCGAGUUGGUGGAGAACAAUGUCGCGCGUCCCGUAAGUCCCCUUGUAGAGGUAUUCACGCCAACUGCAAGCCUAACGAGUCCUGAGGGCAGACUAGUAGCGUCAACCACUUCAUCAACAUCCACAACUACCGCUACUACCACCCCUACAACUGCUACUACUUCGGCUGCCAUUAGCACUACUACACCAACGCCUACAACUGCAUCAACGACCACUGCGGCAACUACUACUCCUACUACUACAACGAGUACUACUACCCCUACUACUACAACUACUACUACUACACCAGCACCUACAACCGUAGCAACAACUACCGCUGCUGUCACUACCACCACCACUACUACUACUACAACUACUACUACAACUACUACUACUUCAACAACACCUACAAUAACCACGACAGCCCAAACAAUGAUUACAAGUACUACACCUACUACCCCACAUAUACAACCCACCACGUAUAUAACAACCACACCUGCUGCAAUUCCUCAAAUUUCAUCAAACGUAAAAAGGACUUCGGAUGCAAUGACAUCGUCACUAAUACCAAAAUCUACGGAAAACGUACUGAAUGAAUUGCAGACGAACGCAAAGGAGAACGUCUUUGGUACAUCAUAUGGAGAUUUGGCUUUCUUAAAUUCACUGUUACAGAAUAACAACUUUAAAGCCACCACACCAAAAACGCUGAGUGAAGUGGAGCAAAUGUUAGCAAACAGAAUCUUAGCACUUGCACUGGCUAAACCCGGACCAACGCGAUCUCCGAAAGCGAUUCCAAGCGUCAAUUUGAAUAUAAACGAAAAUUCCAUCAACCAUCCGUCGUCUGGUCAGUCUUCGCAGCCUAUAAUAAUCGAUCUGUUACCGUAUUCAAGCGUCAGUAACGUCGCAUCGACCACCAAGAAACAAAUGGAUGCAAGCACAACUACAUCUACACAACCUAUCACACCAAUUGCAACGACCAAGCCACCAGUCGUUAUUACCGCCAAGCCUAAAACGACAUCGAGGCCAAGAACCACCACGCAAGCACCCGGAUUUGGUGUGAGUUUAUGGCGAGCGUUGUUCGGUGGUGGUAGCUUAUUUGAAGCAACUACAGCAGCGAGUAUUACGAGGAACACGAGGCAAAAGUCCACGGCUAAAGCAGUAACGUCAGUACCCGUUACGCAGAAACCUGUUGGGGUAACUCAGAACCCGACACAGGCCGCAAAAUCAGCAACUAGUCACAUUAUGUCCGCAGCACCGGUUAAAUCGCCCACAACACCAAGAAGUGUAGAUAUCUCGGACAUCCAGGUGUCCCCGUCUAGAUUACUCUCAGAUAACAUCAAUUCCGCGUCAAUGUCGACGCCAAGCUCGAUCUCAACCACGCGUCAGACGCUGUUAAAUAAUCCGAAUCCUAGGUUGAACGACAUCUCUACGUCCACUUAUUCGCCCGAGGAUGAUGCCAAAUUCGUAGUUGCGCUUUUACGAGCCAUACAAACGGAAUCGAAAACAAGUACAUCUGCAACGUCCAAAGGAGCAACCGAGAUUGAUGAAGCUUUUCUGAGGGCGAUUUUAAGUAAUCAAGUUAUUACUACUACAACUGCCGCACCAUCUUCUACCGAAGUGAAUCCUGCCGCUUUGUUGGCAUUACUUUUAAAGCAGCAAGGUAUAGAACCAUCGACGCCAGCAACGCAGCUUAGAGAACAGUUGCAAUUAGCUAGCCUAGGUUUAGCUACUCAAUCGCAAUCAAAUCCGACUAUGAAGUCAACGACUACUCAACCAAUGACAAUAGCCACCGUUAAAUUGCCCCCCGUCUCGAGUACGUCACGUGCGGUCAGUACGACCCCGAAGAAAGUAGUGACUCCGAGACCAACCUCCAGACCAAAGCUACAGACUACAACAUGGAUCCCCAGUUCAACGUAUCCACCGCCUCUUUUCGGAGGUUCCUUUUCAGGAGGAAGUGAUUCCGGCAGCGGUUUUGCUACUGCUACUAGAGCAUUUGGUCAAUUUCUUGGCGCUGCACUUUCGGGCGCAGCGCAGCAGUUACAAUCUUUGAUAAGAAAUGGUACCAGGAAUGUAAUUGGAUAAAGGGAAAGGAGGAUACAUGUUGUUAAUUAAAUAAUGACCUGAAGACGAGUGUGAGAGUUGAGGUUGCAUAGUUGUUAAAUAAUGAAGAAUGCAUUUGCCACAUAGCUCUGAAAACAUACAUACAAUAGCAACGAAGUUCGACGAAAUGCUAGAAAAAUUUAGUCUGAAUGUUUGCAUGAAAAGAUUUUGUUCAUAAUGUUCGUAAUGUGAAC